AUGUUCAUGCUCGCGUACAUUAUCGGUCGGAAGUCGACUCGCGCCUACAGGGAAGGCUUGCAGCAGAACGGCCUCACGUCCUUCGAAGUGGCUACAGGAGCGGCUCUGACCAACCGCUUUGGCGUCAUCUCGAGCUACGACAACUACGCGGUGCACGACAACCAGCUCAUCGCGACAAUCGACGCGGUCUACUGCAACGGCUUCCUCGUGCUCACUCGAGUGCGCUUCACCAACAUCUUCGUGCACGAAAUGGACAAGAACACGGUGAAGGAGACGUCGAUGCUCGUGUACCCGACGACGAUUGCGUGGAGCGAUCUGCUGCAUCUGGAUGUCACCGCGCUUUCUUAG